CUAGGAUUGGCUUGGGCUUUUGGGGCAGAGGCGGCGGCGGCGGCGGGAUUUUGAUACUUGGCGUUUGUAUCAGCCGAUAGUAUUUUUCAUUUCAACGCGAAGGAGCAACAUGUCCACUGAAGAAGUCAAGCACGAAACUGCGGCCGCGGUCGCCGCCGAGGCCGAGGACCACGAGGACGCCGGCGUCGAGACGGGCGAGUCGGAGGAGCCGCAGGCUUACUUCGAGCCCGUCGUCAAGCUCAACGAAGUCGAGGUCGUCUCGGGUGAGGAAGACGAGGAAGUCCUCUUCGCCAUGCGCGCCAAGCUCUUUGACUACCGUGAGACGCUCCUUGACAAGGGCACGGGCACCAAGACGUGGUGCGAGCGUGGUGUCGGCAACGUCCGCUUCCUUAAGCACAAGGAGGCCGGCAAGGUCCGCAUGCUCAUGCGCCAGGAGAAGACGCUCAAGAUCACGAUCAACCACUUGGUCGAGUCGCGCGCCGAGUUGGGUGCCAACAUGGGCAGCGACCGCGCCUGGGUCUGGACGUGCUACGAUUUCUCGGAGGGCGUCGUCGAGGCCAAGACGUUCGCGCUGCGUUUCGCCAACGCCGAGAACGCCCAGGCGUUCAAGGAAGCCCACGACAACGCCAAGAAGACCAACAAGGCCCUCGAAGCUGGCGCUGACGCUGAGGACACCUCGGCCGGCGACGCUGCCGCCAAGGCCCUCGAGAGCCUUGACGUCAAGAAGGAUUAAUUUUACAACUACUGCAUGAACCAGUUCACAACUUGGAUAUGUGUUCCAUUAUUCGAAAGAGCUUCGUUGCGUA